GAUCUGGCUGGUCGUGACGUCACGUGACAGCCCAGCGACUUUUGGUGGCGGAACAGAGGAGGAACACAAGCGGGUUCUGUCUGUCUGUCUGUCUGUUCGUCUGCUUCGUCUUCGUCUCUGUUUGUCUGGGACAAGAACCUCAAUCGCUUUGGCUUCCACGGUCCGGACUCGGUACCGGUGGCUAUGGAUCCGUCCGCCUGCUGCUGUCGCCACUGAGGUACCGUUGGAUGCUCCAGUGGCCGUCGAGGAGGAGGAGGGGCAUCCCUGUCAUUCUCCCACCUUCAGGCUAAGUCACCAUCGCAGCAUCUGACCACACAAGAAAGAGGAGAGGACACUGUCAGAGGGAAGGAAACAAGGAGGGAAAGACAGCGAGAGAGGGAGAAGGAGGCAUCAGGUGGAAAGACGAGGACUCCAGCAGACGGAGUUGUCGGAGCCUUUUUGGAGGUCAAGUGGUCGCACGGAUUCAGGUUCAACACCCCCUCGCUCACCCCACCCUACCCCACCCCCCUCCCGACCCCCCCACCCCUCCCAGUCAUCCUGGGAGAAGCUGUGACCAGGAGACGCCACCAUGAGCGACCAGAACGUGGUCAAGGAAGGCUGGGUCCAAAAACGAGGCGAGUACAUCAAGAACUGGCGUCCUCGCUACUUCCUGCUGAAGACGGACGGCUCCUUUAUCGGCUAUAAGGACAAACCGCAGGACUCGGACCUAGCUUACCCGCUCAACAACUUUUCUGUAGCAAAAUGUCAACUGAUGAAAACAGAACGUCCCAAACCAAACACCUUCAUCAUCCGCUGCCUGCAGUGGACCACCGUCAUCGAGAGGACCUUCCAUGUAGACACGCCCGAUGAAAGGGACGAGUGGGCGGAGGCCAUCCAGAUGGUGGCUGAGUCUCUGGCCAAGCAGGAGGAGGAGGGCAUCCUGAGCAGCCCCACCUCCCAGAUUGAGAACGUCAACGAGGAAGAGAUGGACACCUCCAUCAGCCACUACAAACGAAAGACGAUGAACGACUUUGACUAUCUGAAGCUUCUGGGCAAAGGAACUUUUGGGAAAGUCAUUUUGGUGCGAGAGAAGGCCAGCGGCACUUAUUACGCCAUGAAGAUCCUCAAGAAGGAAGUCAUCAUAGCCAAGGAUGAAGUUGCUCACACGCUGACAGAAAGUCGGGUAUUAAAAAACACGCGGCAUCCCUUCCUGACUUCUCUCAAGUACUCCUUCCAGACCAAGGACCGCCUCUGCUUUGUCAUGGAGUACGUCAACGGAGGAGAGUUGUUUUUCCACCUGUCAAGAGAACGUGUCUUUUCCGAGGACCGCACACGCUUCUAUGGUGCUGAGAUCGUCUCUGCCUUGGACUAUUUGCAUUCCGCAAAGAUUGUCUACCGUGACCUCAAGCUGGAGAACCUGAUGUUGGACAAAGAUGGACACAUCAAGAUCACAGACUUUGGCCUGUGUAAAGAAGGCAUCACAGACACGGCCACCAUGAAGACUUUUUGUGGAACGCCAGAGUACUUAGCGCCUGAGGUGCUGGAGGACAACGACUACGGGCGGGCAGUGGACUGGUGGGGUUUAGGCGUGGUCACGUACGAGAUGAUGUGCGGCCGCCUGCCCUUCUACAACCAGGACCACGAGAAGCUCUUUGAGCUCAUCCUCAUGGAGGAGAUCAAGUUCCCGCGCACGCUGUCGGCCGACGCCAAGUCGCUGCUGUCAGGUCUGCUGAUCAAGGACCCCAACAAGCGGCUGGGCGGAGGACCGGAUGAUGCCAAGGAGAUCAUGCGACACAGUUUUUUUGGCACUGUUGACUGGCAGGACGUCUACGACAAGAAGAUGGUCCCGCCCUUCCAGCCGCAGGUCUCCUCAGAGACGGACACGCGCUACUUUGACGAGGAGUUCACCGCACAGACCAUCACUAUCACUCCGCCGGAAAAAUAUGACGAGGACGGGAUGGACGCGGCUGACAACGAGCGAAGGCCUCAUUUCCCGCAGUUCUCCUACUCGGCCAGCGGGCGGGAAAAGUGACUGUUUUGGAUGUACUGUACGAUCAUUCCGAGGAUGAACACGGACUGUAACAACGCUUCCAACAAGCCAGGAGACACACUGAGGAGUCUUGUGUACAUAUUUAUGCAAUACGCAGUCAUUUUGGGGGAGCGGGGGUCUCUGCGAUGGGAAUGUCUACGUUGAAAUUCCAUGUGUGCGCGCUCAAAGACUUCAGACCUUCGUGGCAUCGUUUUCUACUCGGCGUCAUCCAUGGAGGCUGUUGCCAUGGAGACAGACAUCAGCCCCUCCCUGUCUCUCCUCCUCUGUUGCCAUGGUUCCCGCUCACGACUCCAUAUUUGUGUGAGCGUCACGCACCGUCACCUUUCUUUGUUCACUGUAAGGAAAUGAAAUGUGGGGACUUUUUUUGUUGUUUUGCUGGUUUCGACAGGUUGUUAGGUUCAUAUCCCAUCGUCCUCGCUGGCUCCGCCCCCAUUCUUCUUCUCUUCCUCCUUUUUAGGCAGUGUUAACGCGUACCUUCUUGAGCUGGAAAAAAAAAAGAGGCUGGAGGAUGAUGAUGGAUGCAUUAACUGAAGUCUCUUUUUAUUCCGUUUUUUUUGUUCUGUUCUGGAUUGUUUGCUUGUUUUCUUACAAAAAGAUUAGGGCAAGAUCCUUUGCUGUGCUAGUAUUUAUUUUCAAUUAAAUUAAAACAAAUACAGCUUCUGCU